AUGAGAGCACCAUAUACCAUCCUGCAGUGCGCGGCCGAGGACACCGCAGAGAUAGCGACCCUCGAGCGAGCAGCCUACACCGAACCCCGGACGCUCUUCAUGUUCGGCUCGCCUACCCCGUCCUCCCUCCGCGCGCGCGCAGACAGGUUUGCAGAGACCAUGACGGACCCUGCAUCCAGAUGGACCAAGGUCGUGAUCGACGGGAAGAUAGUCGGUGUUGCGCUGUGGGGGUUCAGGACCACCGACGACUGGAUGGACAAGCUGAUCGGGCCCGAGAAGGAAGACGAGUACAGCGAAGAUGGCAAGGAGGGGCUGCCUGAGGCCGGUCGGGCGGCUAGAUAUGCGGUCUUCAACUGGCUGUAUGGUGUCAGGAAGAGGCGGAUGGCGGGGAAGCCUCAUGUCUUGUUGAACUUCUUGGUCGUGCAUCCGGACUAUCAACGACGAGGCAUCGGGGGAGCUCUCAUCCAGUAUGGCCUGCAGGAGGCGGAUAAGCUAGGUGUUCCCGCCUGGCUCGAGUCUUCGGCCGCUGGGUUCCCGGUGUAUAAAAGCCAUGGUUUCGAGGUGGUGGAGGAGUUCAACGUCCGGCUGGUGGACUAUGGAGGGACAGAGGAAGACGGUGAUGCGCCGUCAGGCAAGGCACAGGUUAACAGCACCAUGGAAAACACAAAGCCAGAAGCAGCUGCGUUGGCAUCUCAUUUCGCCGCCCGAGAUGCCCUCAUAUCCAAAGAACUGUCUCUCCGCAGCGAUGCCCCCUUCCGAGAUGGCCUCUCCCCCAUAGCCGCCCGCGCAUGCGCCAUAGUCUCCAACAUUCGCACUGCAGAACACGCAUCUAUCUGGAAACAUGACCCUUCCCACCCCCACAACGAAGAAGGCGUCGAGCUCUACCCCGGCAUGAUGUUCGGUCUAGCCAAGCGGAAGCUAGAAUCGACCUUUCUAUGGAAUAUAGCCAAGCGAAUGCCAAAGGGCACAUUACUGCACUGUCACCUUGGCGCCAUGGUGGAGGUGGACUGGUUGUUCGAACAGGUCCUUGACGUUAAGGGGUUACACGUUUGUGCUUCAGAGGCGUUAGAUUCAGAUACGUCUCGGGCCAGGGCGGUAGUGUUGUUUAAAUACAUCGGUACUACCACCGCGGCGAGUGGUGCGUCCAUAUGGUCAUCAGACUAUAAGGCGAAUACAUACGUACCUGCUUCUCAGGCGGCAGAUGCGUUCCCGUCAGCGGGUCGAAGCGGCUUCGUCGCAUGGCUUACUGAACGAAGCGUGAUAAGCGAACAAGCGUCAAUUGAGCACCAUCUAGGCGUCGACGAGGUAUGGCGGAAAAUGGCCAGUGCGUUCCCCACGCUGGGUUCUCUGCUGGGCUACGAGCCGGUGUAUAGAUUGUUUAUCCGCAAGAUGUUACAGACGUUGGCGGCGGAUGGGGUGCGAUGGGUAGAGAUACGGGAUGUCUUUGGCUCGCCGUUUGCAAGGGAAGGACAGGAUGUGCCGGAUUCAGGGUUUGAGUAUCGUGUUGCUGUGAUGGGGGAGGAGCUCGAGGCGUUUAAGAAGACAGAGGAAGGGAAAGGGUUUUGGGGUGGGCGUAUCAUCUGGACGGCCCUCCGGUCGUUGGACGCCAGUCUGAUACUCAACAGUAUGAAGGAUUGUCUGCGGGCGAAAAAGGCAUAUCCCCAUCUAAUCGCCGGCUUCGAUCUCGUUGGUCAAGAAGAUCUAGGCCAACCACUCUCAACUCUCGCCCCACAACUCAUCUGGUUCCGACAACAAUGUAUAUCCCAGGGCCUCGAGAUACCUUUCUUCUUCCACGCCGGCGAAUGUCUCGGAGACGGCGACAGCACAGACCGCAACCUCUACGACGCAAUAAUCUUCAACACCCGUCGGCUCGGCCAUGGCUUCUCACUAUACAAACACCCUCAUCUCAUCGAUCUAGUUAAACAACGCCGAAUAAUGAUCGAAAGCUGUCCGAUAUCCAAUGAGGUACUCCGUCUUACGGCAACGGUGUUGGCUCACCCUCUACCUGCCCUGUUGGCCCGUGGAGUAUCUGCAUCACUUAGUAAUGAUGAUCCUGCACUGCUGGGGCAAGGUACGUCUGGAAUGUCGCAUGAUUUCUGGCAGGCGUUGCAGGCAUGGGAGAAUCUAGGGUUGGCGGGACUCGGUUCGUUGGCAGAGAAUAGCAUACGGUAUGCUGCUUUUGAAGACGAGAGUGAUGAGAAGUGGAUGAAGGGGAUUGAUGGGGGUUAUGAAGGGGGUGGUAUCAAGGCAGAGAGGAUGAAGCUGUGGCGUGAUGAGUGGGAGGCGUUUUGUCAGUGGAUUGUUGACGAGUUUGGGGAUAAUUGGGCAUACCACACCACCAUGUCGUCGCCGUCAGCCUUUCGAGAGACCAUGAGAGGCCUUCUCUUACAUGGAGAUUACUCGGAUAUGGAAAUAACUUGUCAAGGGUUCACUUUUAAGGUCCAUCGUGCCAUCGUUUGCACUCAGUCACCCUUCUUCAAAGCUGCCCUAAGAAGUGGUUUCAAGGAAGCAACUAGCCAGACUGUUGACUUGCCCGAUGAUGACGUCGAGACAAUCGAACGCGUUAUUUCCUACCUUUACCUACAAGAGUACGAAGAGACCGACCAUAUAGUGCCAUUAGAUGGCAACGUAACGCGAGAGCAAUCAACCGAUACCCAAACUGACGCAGACGAUUCAAGCUCGAAGGACCCAAAAGACCCUUCAGCAACCGUCGAGCCCACAAGAGCCAUUGCGGACAAUAACAUUCAGGUCUACAUAGUUGCCGACAAAUUUGGCAUCACUCCUUUGAAAUGCCUGGCUACCGAGAGAUUCGCUCGCUGGGUAAACACAGGCUGGGAGUCGGCAGCGUUUCUCGAUAUCGUCACAGACGUAAUGACUACAUUACCUCCGCAUGACUUGGGCCUUCGCAACAUCGUCAUUGAUACUAUCUCAAAACAUCUCACAGUCCUUGUGAAACAAGGGACGAUUCUGCCGUUGAUAGAGGCUUUUGGGAGCCUUGGAUCGGGAAUUAUUGCAAAAUUGGUGGAAAGCAGUAGGGUUGUGGGGAAAGCAGUGGAGCAAAAUCUGACACUCACCAAACUUGCAUCAAAGGUGAAUAGCAUUAAGACGUGCAGACACUGUUCCAGGGCACUAAACGUGAGGAUGGAAAAUGGAGAGUAUCAGGAUGCCACAAUCCGCUGCGCUACGUGUCUAACGCGACAUUAA